AUGUCUGACGUUCACGUCAAAUUCAAUCUCGCCAACGACAACGAAGGUCUCGAAGACGAUGAGAUCUUCUUGCCGCCAGCUCCACUUCUAGCCGGAGCCCAUGUGUCUGGCCUUCAAAGUUAUCACGAGAUCUACGCCAACUCGAUCAAUAACUCAGAUGAGUUCUGGAAAACUGUCGCCUCCGAAUUGCAUUUUGAACAAGGAUCUUCAAAAGGUCUCGAAUGGAAUUUCGACGCGAAAAAAGGCGAUAUUUAUUGUAAAUUCAUGGAUGGCGCCAAAACUAACAUCUCCUAUAAUUGUUUGGAGCGAAAUUUGAAACGCGGAUUGGGAAAUAAGGUGAGCUUUUAGCUUUUUGAGACAAAUUUGGCCAAUUUUUAGUUAGGCUAAUUUCAGGUUAUCUUGCUGUAAAUAAAAAUAAUUAUAGACUUUUUCCAGAUUGCCUACAUUUUCGAAGGAAAUGAGCCAUCUGACAGCUCGACAAUAACCUACAGUGAACUCCACGCUCAAGUCGUCCAAUUUUCCGCAGUUUUAAGAUCACACGGUGUAAAACGCGGUGAUGUUGUUGCAUUGUAUUUGCCAAUGAUUCCGGAAUUAGCGGUGGCUAUGUUGGCAUGUGCUAGAAUUGGAGCGAUGCAUUCUGUUGUUUUUGCUGGUGAGUUGGGUGGAAAUUGAUGAAAAAUGUGUCAUUUUAGUCAAAAAUUGACCAAAAAUGGUGCAUUUUCAUGAUGAUUUUUGGUUCAAAAAGUGUAAAAAGCUUCAGGAAGUUACCCUAACUCAUCCAGAAUUUUUUCCAGGAUUUUCUGCCGAAUCCCUCAGUGCUCGAAUUGUCGAUGCGCAAUGCAAAGUUCUUGUAACUGCUGAUGGAAUGUUCCGCGGGCAAAAAUCGAUAAAUCUCAAGACAAUCGCAAAUUCGGCUGUGAAAUUGGCGAAAUCGGAAAAUGUCGAAGUUUCUUCGCUGAUUAUGGUCGAACAUUUGAAGAGGGUUACUGUACCCGAAGGAUCCAGUUUGCCAAAGGUAAGGAUUUGGGGGGUUUUGGUGCCAGAGUAUUGAAUUUCAAAAAAAAAUUCAAUUUUCACACCAUCUCAAAUUUCAAGGGGCGUGGCUUGCAACCCUGGCACACUUUUUUCCGCCCUUUAAUUUUAUAUGUACUAUAAACAGUUUUUAUUUUUCCAAUUUUACAGAUAAAAUCUAAUUUUUUGUUGUUUUCAACUGAGAAAAACUGGAUUUUUUGAAUAAUUUUUGAGAUAAAAUCUGUGAGGGAAAAUGACGAUUUUUGGCUUUAAAAAUCAUCAAAAAUCCAAUAUUUUCAGAUUGAUUCAACUGAAAUUGAUGCAAUUUAUGAAAAUGAAAUGGAAAAAUGUCGAAAUGUGGAAUCUGAAGUUGAAUGGAUGGAUGCUGAAUCGCCGCUGUUUUUGUUGUAUACAAGGUUGGAUUUUUUUGGAUUCAGGGGAACUUUAGAUGCGAAUUGGAGAAUUUCCAUGCAAAAAUUGGAAAAUUUGGGAUUUUUUGACCUGGGAAUCAUAUUUCGUAGCAGUUUUUGAACCAUAAACCUAGAAAUUUCACCUGUUUCUGAGCCAAAAAAUGCUCCAAAUACGUAUUUUUCAUCCGAAAGUCUGAAAUUUUAGCCAUUUUUCAUCCAAAAAUCGGGAUUUUCAGCAUUUCCCACAGCACAAAAAUCGUAAAAAUCUCCAAUUUAUUUUUUUUUUCUCUUUCAAAACUAAAUUAUAGACUUCUUUCCCGGUGAAAUUUGAUUUUCCUUUCUUUUUUUUUUCAAAAAAGCUUCCUUUUCGCGGCCGCCGAAAAAGCAUUGAUUUUUUUCUUCGAAAAAAUAUCCAAUUUUUUCGGUGCCGCGAAAAAAACGGAGCCAUGGGAAAAAUGCUCGUAUUCUUGUUUUUUCUUUUUCUCAUUGAAUAUUCGAAGAAAAAGAUGGAAAAGGAAAAGUUUUUGGGGAAAAAACAGAAGGAAAAUGCGGAUUUUUGGAGGGAAAAUGGGGAAUUUGAGGAAUUUUUGAGCAAAAAUCUGAAUUAGAUUUGAAAAUUCUGAUUAGAAAUUUUGAAUUUUAAAAUCUCAUUUUUCAGUUGAAAAAAAAUAUCGUGAAAUUUGGAAACAAAAAUUUUCAAAAGAAUUUUUUUUAAAGUAAAUUUUGUAAUUCAAGGAAUUCUAUUGAAAAUUCAGUUUGAUAUUCAAAAAAUUUGGAAAAUCUAGUUUUUUGAGCUCUGGAAAUUCUCAAUUACAAAAUAUUUUUGAAAAUCACUUCUGUAGAAUGUUAGAGUCAAAAUUUGAAAGUUAGGCUAACUUUCUGAUAUCAGACUAUCAGAAGCUCUAUUUCCAGUGGCUCAACCGGAAAACCAAAAGGAAUCCAACACACCACCGCCGGCUACAUGACCUACGCCUUCGCCACCACAAAAUACACCUUCGAUGCCCAACCCGAUGAUAUUUAUUGGUGCACAGCAGAUUGUGGUUGGAUCACUGGACACACUUAUCUUCUCUAUGGUCCUCUUCUAAAUGGCCUUCAAGGUAUUUGGUUCGAAGGUGUUCCAUCGUAUCCAAAUGCUUCGAGAUUCUGGGAUGUGACUGAUAAAUAUGGAGUCACCAAAUUGUAUACAUCACCAACUGCUGCGAGAGCUUUGAUGGCGAUGGGAGAUGAAUUUUUGGCCGGAACUUCGAGAGCUACUUUGAAAGUUAUUGGAACUGUUGGAGAACCGAUUAAUCCGGCUGCUUGGCUUUGGCUUUAUAAGAAGGUAAGGGAUUUUGGAAGCGGGAAAUAAUGCCACGUGGAAAAACAUCGAAAAUUACACGUGGCAGGUUUGGGACCAAAAUUCAUUGGAAAUCUGAAAUUUCAGAUUUUUUUUAAUUAGGAAAAUAUUCUCAUUAAAAAAUCCACGUGGCAAUAAUCUUGAGAUUCAAAUUUCUCCCAAUUUUCCACCUGAACCUUCAAAACCCUGAUCUUUUCAGGUUGGUAAUUCGAAUGUCUCAAUCGUCGACACUUAUUGGCAAACUGAAACCGGUGGACAUAUGAUAACUUGUUUACCCGGAGCAACACCAAUGAAACCCGGAGCCGCUUCAAUGCCAAUGUUCGGAGCGUCGCCAGUGCUUUUGGACUCGGAAGGACGUGUCAUCGAAGGACCCGGCGAAGGAAAUUUGUGUUUCGAUCGAGCGUGGCCCGGAAUGAUGCGCGGUGUUUUUGGAGAUUAUGAGCGAUUUGUCAAAACGUAUUUCGCGCCAUUUGGUGGAUAUUAUUUCACUGGAGAUGGUGCGAGAAGAGAUGAAGAUGGAUAUUUGUGGAUUACUGGAAGAGUUGAUGAUUUGAUGAAUGUUAGUGGACAUUUGUUGUCGACUGCGGAGAUUGAGAGUGCUCUUGUUGCACAUGAAAAGGUAUGGGGUUUUGGGCUUUUGGCGAGCGGGAGUAUUUAAAAUUCAGAAAUUGUGAAUUUUUUCUCAAUGAAUGAGCAUUUUUUUCCCUCCAAACUACAAUUUUUUGCGGGGGAGCGUAGAAUGAGAAAAAAAAUCCAAUAUAAAAUUCAAUAUAUUUUUCUUAGGUCGCUGAAGCUGCUGUCGUUGCUGCUCCUCAUGAUAUUAAGGGAUCGUUCCCUUACGCUUUCGUAACUCUCAAUGUUGGAGAAAGAAUUAAUCCACAACUCAUUGCCGAACUCAAAAAAAUGGUUCGCGAAAAGAUUGGUGCACUCGCUGUUCCUGAUAUUAUCCAAGAAGCACCUGGUUUGCCAAAAACUCGUUCCGGAAAAGUGACUCGACGCAUUUUGCGAAAAAUCGCCGAAGGAACUGAAAGUGGAAUUGGUGAUACAACAACACUUGUUGAUGAGUCGGUUAUUAAACAACUCAUUUCUGGAAGAUCUGCAAGAGCUUAA